AUGUUCCCGUCCAGCGUACCUUCAACUCAUUUUUUAUUUCCUCUCCGUAGUCGAUGGCGGGGAGCUACAAAGCAAGGGUCGCCGAGUUUGACGACUUUCUCAAAUCAGACAAGUUUGACGUCGCGAGGCUGCGCCAGCUUGCAUUUGGAGGAGUUCCGGAAGGGAAGGGACGGCGGUCGUUAGUGUGGAAGCUUCUUCUGUCGUUUCUUCCAUUGAAACGUGCCGAAUGGGCGUCUGUACUAGACAAGCAAAGGAAUUCGUAUGACCAGUUUGUUCAAGAUUUGAUUGUUAAUCCGCAGGCAGAAGACAACGUGGGAGAUCAUCCGUUGAGUAAUGAUCCUGACAGUCAGUGGAGCAAGUUUUUCAAGGACAACGACGUGUUACUGCAAAUUGACAAAGAUUGUCGACGUCUUCUUCCUGAUAUCUCGUUCUUUCAACAUCCGACAGGCUACCCAUUUAAGACAGGCGGCAUGUCUCUAAGGACUCGAGUGGAGAGAACUGUCUUAGAAGCAAAGCAGGUGGGAACAAGUAGAGGAGGAACGAGGAAUAUAUCGGUAGUGCAACGGUCUUCUGUUUCAGAAGAAUAUUAUGUCCUUGCUGAGGGUCAAGAAGCACAUUGGGAGGUUGUAGAGAGAAUUUUAUUUAUUUAUGCAAAGUUAAACCCUGGCGUGUCCUAUGUUCAAGGAAUGAAUGAGAUUGCAGGUCCACUGUACUAUGUCUUUGCAUCUGAUCCUGACCCUGAAUGGCAAAAAUAUGCUGAGCCUGAUACUUUCUAUUGCUUCACGAGCCUCAUGUCGGAAAUAAGAGAUAACUUUAUCAAGACGUUAGAUGAUUCAGCUUGUGGCAUAGGUGCUAUGAUGGUGCAAAUGAUGUUGAUGUUGAAAGAGGCGGACUUUGAACUGUGGACUGCUUUGGAAACAAAGCAACUGAAGCCUCAAUUCUUUGCAUUCCGGUGGUUAACGUUGCUGUUGUCUCAAGAAUUUUUCCUUCCAGAUGUCAUUCGCUUCUGGGACUCUCUAUUUGCUGAUGAACAACAGUUUCAAUUUCUUAUUCAUGUCUGUUGUGCCAUGCUCAUAGUAAUACGAGAGCAACUAUUGGAAGACGAUUUUGCUACCUCCUUGAAACUACUACAGCGUUAUCCUUCGGUCGACGUUCAUCAGAUAUUGGAAAAAGCUGUUGAACUGAAAGAAAUAAUGAAAGUAGCUGCUGAUGUGACACACAGUGAAUGAACAGUGACAUGCACACUUUGCCUCCUUUUACAAUCAUAAUUUUUGAUACUCACGACAGUUUAUUUCAUUAACCAUAUACAGUAAUUGAGGCAUUUCUCUUAUCAUACAGCAUCUACUCCCUAAGUAUAUAAUACAAAGUGAAAACGUUGAGUUUACUGUUUCUGUUUUAUUUCAUUAAAAGAACUGCUGCUAAAUGUUUUCACAAUAGAAGGAUGGAUAAA